CCCACAACUCCAUGCCGUGUGCUGAAGGCUGGUCUUGAACGAGCUCUGGCUGAGAGAAUGGGGGCAGAUGGGGAAACAGUGGUCCUGAAGAACAUGCUUAUCGGUGUCAACCUGAUCCUUCUGGGCUCCAUGCUCAAGCCGUCAGAGUGUCAGCUGGAGGUGACCACGGAAAGAGUCCAGAGGCAGGCAGUGGAGGACGAAGGAGGCAUGGGCAACUACAGCACAUCCAGCAAAGAGCAGCCCAUGGUCUUCAACCACGUGUACAACAUUAACGUACCCCUGGACAGCCUCUGCUCCUCGGGGUUAGAGGCCUCGGCCGAGCAGGAGGUGAGCGCGGAAGAGGAGACUCUGGCAGAGUACACAGGGCAGACCUCGGACCACGAGAGCCAGGUCACCUUCACCCACAGGAUCAACCUCCCCAAAAAGGCCUGCCCCUGUGCCGGCUCCGCCCACGUGCUGCAGGAGCUGCUGAGCCGGAUCGAGAUGCUGGAGAGGGAGGUGUCACUGCUGCGGGACCAGUGUGCCACCAACUGCUGUCAAGAAAGCACGGCCACAGGACAACUGGACUACAUCCCUCACUGCAGCGGCCACGGCAACUUUAGCCUGGAGUCCUGUGGCUGCAUCUGCAACGAAGGCUGGUUUGGCAAGAACUGCUCAGAGCCCUACUGCCCGCUGGGCUGCUCCAGUCGGGGCGUGUGCGUGGACGGCCAGUGCAUCUGUGACAGCGAAUACAGUGGGGACGACUGCUCUGAGCUCCGGUGCCCCACGGACUGCAGCUCCCGGGGGCUGUGCGUGGACGGGGAGUGCGUCUGUGAAGAGCCCUACACGGGAGAGGACUGCCGCGAGCUGAGGUGCCCCGGCGACUGCUCAGGGAAGGGGACCUGUGCCAACGGCACCUGUUUAUGCCAGGAGGGCUACGUCGGUGAGGACUGCGGCCAGCGGCGGUGUCUGAAUGCCUGCAGCGGGCGAGGACACUGCCAGGAGGGGCUCUGCGUCUGUGAAGAGGGCUACCAGGGCCCUGACUGCUCGGCAGUUGCCCCUCCAGAGGACUUGCGAGUGGCUGGUAUCAGCGACAGGUCCAUUGAGCUGGAAUGGGACGGGCCGAUGGCAGUGACGGAAUAUGUGAUCUCUUACCAGCCGACGGCCCGGGGGGGCCUCCAGCUCCAGCAGCGGGUGCCUGGAGAUUGGAGUGGUGUCACCAUCACGGAGCUGGAGCCAGGUCUCACCUACAACAUCAGCGUCUACGCUGUCAUUAGCAACAUCCCCAGCCUUCCCAUCACUGCCAAGGUGGCCACCCAUCUCUCCACUCCUCAAGGGCUGCAAUUCAAGACAAUUACGGAGACGACCGUGGAGGUGCAGUGGGAGCCCUUCUCGUUCUCCUUCGAUGGGUGGGAGAUCAGCUUCAUCCCAAAGAACAAUGAAGGAGGAGUGAUUGCUCAGCUCCCAAGUGACGUCACCUCCUUUAACCAGACUGGGCUAAAGCCUGGGGAGGAAUACAUUGUCAAUGUGGUGGCCCUGAAGGAACAAGCCCGGAGCCCCCCGACCUCGGCCAGCGUCUCCACUGUCAUUGAUGGGCCCACGCAGAUCCUGGUUCGAGAUGUCUCUGACACUGUGGCCUUUGUGGAGUGGACCCCACCUCGAGCUAAAGUUGAUUUCAUUCUCUUGAAAUAUGGCUUGGUGGGCGGGGAAGGCGGGAAGACCACCUUCCGGCUGCAGCCUCCCCUCAGCCAGUAUUCGGUGCAAGCGCUGCGGCCUGGCGCCCGCUACACGGUGUCGGUCAGUGCAGUCCGAGGGGCCAAUGAGAGCGCGUCCACCACCACCGAAUUCACAACAGAGAUUGAUGCCCCCAAGAAUUUACGAGUCGGCUCCCGCACAGCAACCAGCCUUGACCUUGAGUGGGAUAACAGCGAGGCAGAAGUUCAGGAAUACAAGGUUGUGUACAGCACCUUGGCCGGGGAGCAAUACCAUGAGGUGCUGGUCCCCAAAGGCAUUGGUCCAACCACCAGAGCCACCCUCACAGAUCUGAUACCUGGCACCGAGUAUGGAGUUGGAAUAUCUGCCGUCAUGAACUCCCAACAAAGCGUGCCGGCCACCAUGAAUGCCAGGACAGAACUGGACAGUCCCCGAGACCUCAUGGUGACAGCCUCCUCAGAGACCUCCAUCUCCCUCAUCUGGACCAAGGCCAGUGGCCCCAUUGACCACUACCGAAUUACCUUUACCCCAUCCUCUGGGAUUGCCUCUGAAGUCACUGUGCCCAAGGACAGAACCUCGUAUACACUGACAGAUCUGGAGCCUGGGGCAGAGUACAUCAUUUCCAUCACCGCGGAGAGGGGUCGGCAGCAGAGCUUGGAGUCCACUGUGGACGCCUUCACAGGCUUCCGCCCCAUCUCCCACUUGCACUUUUCUCAUGUGACCUCCUCCAGUGUCAACAUCACCUGGAGUGACCCGUCUCCCCCAGCAGACAGACUCAUUUUGAACUACAGCCCCCGGGAUGAAGAGGAAGAGAUGAUGGAGGUCUCCUUGGAUGCCACCAAGAGACACGCUGUCCUGAAGGGUCUGCAGCCAGCCACCGAGUAUAUCGUGAACCUGGUGGCUGUCCAUGGCACAGUGACCUCAGAGCCCAUCGUGGGCUCCAUCACCACAGGAAUUGACCCUCCCAAAGACAUCACGAUUAGCAACGUGACCAAGGACUCAGUGAUGGUGUCCUGGAGCCCUCCUGUUGCAUCUUUUGAUUACUACCGAGUGUCAUAUCGACCCACCCAAGUAGGACGACUGGACAGCUCAGUGGUGCCCAACACAGUGACAGAAUUCACCAUCUCCAGGCUGCACCCAGCCACUGAAUAUGAAAUCAGCCUCAACAGUGUGCGGGGCAGGGAGGAGAGCGAGCGCAUCUGCACUCUGGUGCACACAGCCAUGGAUAACCCUGUGGAUCUGAUCGCUACCAACAUCACCCCCACGGAAGCCCUGCUGCAGUGGAAGGCUCCAGCCGGUGAUGUGGAGAACUAUGUCAUUGUCCUCACACACUUCUCAGUUGCUGGAGAGACCAUCUUGGUUGAUGGAGUCAGUGAGGAAUUCCAGCUCAUCGACCUGCUUCCGAGCACCCACUACACCGUCACCAUGUAUGCCACCAGUGGACCUCUCACCAGCAGCACCAUCAGCACCAACUUUUCUACCCUCCUGGACCCUCCCGCAAACCUGACUGCCAGUGAAGUCACCAGACAGAGCGCACUGAUCUCCUGGCAGCCUCCCAGGGCGGAGAUUGAGAAUUAUGUCCUAACGUACAGAUCCACGGAUGGAAGCCGCAAGGAGCUGAUCGUGGAUGCAGAGGACACCUGGAUCCGGCUGGAGGGGCUGUUGGAGAACACCGACUACACCGUGCUCCUGCAGGCGGCCCAGGAUGCCACCAGGAGCAGCAUCACCUCCACUGCCUUCACCACAGGGGGGCGAGUAUUCUCUCACCCUCAAGACUGUGCCCAACAUCUGAUGAACGGAGACGCUCUGAGCGGAGUGUACACCAUCUUCCUCAAUGGGGAGCUGAGCCAGAAGUUGCCGGUGUACUGCGACAUGACCACAGACGGCGGUGGCUGGAUCGUAUUCCAGAGGCGGCAGAAUGGGCAAACUGAUUUUUUCCGGAAGUGGGCGGACUACCGCGUGGGUUUCGGGAGCCUGGAGGACGAGUUUUGGCUAGGGCUGGACAACAUACACAGGAUCACGUCCCAGGGCCGCUACGAGCUGCGUGUGGAUAUGCGAGACGGACAGGAGGCGGCCUUCGCCUACUACGACAAGUUCUCCGUGGAGGACGGCAGGAGCCUGUACAAACUCCGCAUCGGAAGCUACAAUGGCACUGCAGGGGACUCCCUCAGCUAUCACCAGGGACGCCCGUUCUCCACAGAGGACCGAGACAAUGACGUGGCUGUUACCAACUGCGCCAUGUCGUACAAGGGAGCUUGGUGGUAUAAGAACUGCCACCGGACCAACCUCAACGGGAAGUACGGGGAGUCCAGGCACAGUCAGGGGAUCAACUGGUACCACUGGAAAGGCCACGAGUUCUCCAUCCCCUUCGUGGAAAUGAAGAUGCGGCCCUACAACCACCGUCUCACCGCGGGGAGGAAGCGGCGGGCCCUGCGGUUCUAAACAGUGGGCAGUUGAUCUUCCUGUCAUUUGUUUGUAUUUUGUAAUAUGCCACAAGGGGGGAGGGUCAUAAUGAUGUGCUUUGCGACAUAUUCAGAGUACUCGGAGGAGGCCGGGCGUAGCAGGAAUCAGUGACUGCCACCGCUCCUAGUUUCUGCUGCCUGGGAGCCUGACCCCAGCUCCGUCUGCACUGGCCCUCCUCACCAGUCAUCCCCGACCUUCCCCUCCUCUCCCAACAAGGAGGAAACGUGGGAAGUUUGCUUGAAAGACACUUUGAAGGCCCCUCGUGGAGUGCGGGUUGCUGCAGUGACGCGGGCCUUCUUGUUCGACCCUGCUCCUGAGAUGCCUCUACCUUCCAGGUAGCCUUGGUCUGGCCAUGGCCUUCCACCAGCCCAGAGAAGCAGCCUCAGCCAGGGAGCUUGGCCAACAACUCCCCUUCAGAGGGCAGAACCCCGCCACACCCUGACCGGAGGGCCGGAGUCCUUCAGAAUGGGCCGAAG